GCAUAAAACUUAGGAUAUUCUUCAUUCUAGUUUAGCAAACUACUAUUCCUUCUCCCUUCGUCGUUCGUCGGAGCAACAGAGAAUCCGCCUUUUUCCCAGUCCGUGAUCGGUGAAGAUGCAUUCGAGUCAUUUGCUUCUCGAGGAGCCGAUAAGGAUGGCUUCGAUUCUCGAGCCAUCUAAGGCUAGUUUCUUUCCUGCAAUGACGAAGAUAGUGGGGACUUUAGGUCCGAGGUCUCGAUCUGUCGAGGUUAUCUCCGGUUGCCUCAAAGCCGGAAUGUCUGUGGCCAGGUUUGAUUUUUCGUGGGGUGACCCAGUGUAUCACCAGGAAACUUUGGAGAAUUUGAAGGCAGCAGUCAAGAGCACUAAGAAGCUCUGUGCGGUCAUGCUGGACACAGUGGGUCCUGAGUUGCAGGUUGUUAAUAAAAGUGAGAAAGCUAUCUCCCUUAAGGAGAAUGCUUCUGUUGUUUUGACUCCUGAUCAAGGGCAAGAAGCCUCUUCAGAACUUUUGCCAAUCAAUUUUGAUGGACUGUCAAAGGCAGUGAAGGAGGGGGAUACCAUUUUCAUUGGUCAAUACCUGUUCACUGGGAGUGAAACCACUUCCGUAUGGUUGGAGGUUGAUGAAGUAAAAGGAAAUGAUGUGGUAUGUGUGAUAAAGAAUACUGCGACAUUGGCUGGUUCAUUGUUUACUUUGCAUGGCUCUCAAAUUCGUAUUGAUUUGCCAACUCUCUCACAUAAAGACAAGGAGGUUAUAACUACAUGGGGAGUUAAUAACAAAAUUGACUUCCUCUCAUUGUCAUAUACAAGGCAUGCUGAAGAUGUUCGCCAUGCUCGGGAGUUUCUGUCCACAUUGGGUGAUCUCUGUCAAACUCAAAUUUUUGCUAAGAUUGAAAACAUAGAGGGAUUGAACCAUUUUGAUGAGAUCGUACAAGAAGCAGAUGGAAUUAUCCUCUCCCGUGGAAAUUUGGGCAUUGAUCUUCCACCUGAAAAGGUGUUCUUGUUUCAAAAGGCUGCUCUCUACAAGUGUAACAUGGCUGGAAAGCCAGCUGUGGUGACUCGUGUUGUGGACAGUAUGACUGACAACUUGAGGCCAACUCGUGCUGAGGCAACUGAUGUUGCCAAUGCUGUCCUGGAUGGAAGUGAUGCUAUUCUUCUGGGUGCUGAGACACUGCGUGGACUGUAUCCUGUUGAAACCAUUUCUACCAUUGGUAAAAUUUGCUCUGAGGCUGAGAAGGUAUUCAACCAGGAUUUGUAUUUCAAGAAGACAGUCAAAUAUGCUGGGGAGCCAAUGACCCACUUGGAAUCCAUUGCUUCCUCUGCGGUUCGAGCAGCCAUUAAGGUAAAGGCAUCUGUUAUUAUAUGCUUCACAUCAUCGGGGAGAGCUGCGAGAUUGAUUUCAAAAUACAGGCCAACAAUGCCUGUUCUCUCAGUUGUCAUCCCUCGACUCAAGACAAAUCAACUCAGAUGGAGCUUCAGUGGAGCCUUUGAGGCAAGGCAAUCACUAAUUGUUAGAGGUCUUUUCCCAAUGCUUGCUGAUCCACGCCAUCCUGCGGAGUCAACUAGUGCCACAAAUGAGUCAGUUUUGAAGGUUGCUCUUGAUCAUGGGAAAGCUACUGGAGUUAUAAAGUCACAUGAUCGAGUAGUUGUUUGCCAGAAGGUUGGGGAUACAUCCGUCGUCAAGAUUAUUGAACUCGAAGAUUAGAAUCCUAUUGUUUUUGUAUUACCCUGGUAUGGGAGUUUUAUGUUCCUAAUUUUUGAAAGCAGUGGUGUGCACUGCUGGUGGCACCUGUGAGGUGUAUCUCCAGGUUUUGGAUACACGGUGACUAGAAAUCUACCAAGAAUAUAUAAACUUCCAACUUUUUUCUGGUUUGCUCAGAAUGAAGUGAUGGCAAGGAUGGCCGUGAGCCCCAUUUCAGUGAGUC